CAAACAUCCGCCCUGCAGCAGCGCAUCAACGAGAAACGUGCCGAGCUCGAGAACCUCAAACAACUCCGCGAACUCAGUGCUGGUCUUGCUGGCCAAAUGGAGCAGCUUGAGGAGAAGCUGUCUACGCUUUCAGAUGGAACUCAGGCCAUCGCAACCGUUCUCUCCAACUGGCAUACCGUGCUCAGAGCGAUCCACAUGGCUUCUGCCCACAUUGCAAAGCCCCAGCAAGACACCGAACACGAACCCGACGCAGACCUUCCUCUGCCCCAGACCCUUGUCAGAAUACCCAUGCAGCAUGUCGAUCAAUCCGAACCUACUCAGUCCGAG